UGCCGCAUGGGCGGUUGGUAGCCGCUGCCAAGGACAAGGCGGCGGCGGAAGAUGGUGCCGGGGGUUGCCGGCUCUGCUACUGCCGCCGGCAGAGGAGGAGGCGCUGCCGGUUCUCUCAGUUUAACCAAUGAUGCCAGUUGCCAAUAUCAAGCAAAACAAACAUAAGCCAGUUUUAAUCUGUUAAGAAAAGUUGGUAGUGCUUCUCACAGUGCCUGACGAACUGUACCAGACGGUGAGGUUUAAGCUCACAGAUUCCAGAGAUAUCAUCAUGAAGUUAUAUGUAUUUCUGGUCAACACUGGAACUACUCUAACAUUCGACACUGAACUUACAGUGCAAACUGUGGCUGACCUUAAGCAUGCCAUUCAAAGCAAAUACAAGAUUGCUAUUCAGCACCAGGUGCUGGUGGUCAAUGGAGGAGAAUGCAUGGCUGCAGAUCGAAGAGUAUGCACCUACAGUGCUGGGACGGACACAAAUCCAAUUUUUCUUUUUAACAAAGAAAUGAUCUUAUGUGAUCGUGCACCUGCAAUUCCCAAAGCUACCUUUUCAACAGAAAAUGACAUGGAAAUAAAAGUUGAAGAGUCUCUUAUGAUGCCUGCAGUUUUUCACACUGUUGCUUCAAGGACACAACUUGCAGUGGUAAGAUACAAAUAAUUAUUUUAACUAAUUAACUGUUCUUAAAAACAUUCAAGUCUAGAGUCUAAAUUACAUAGGAUAUGUGCAAAACACAUGAGAAAUACCAAUUUUUUGUGGGGAGACAGGCUCUUGCUGUGUAGCCCAGGCUGGCUUCAAAUUCAUGAUCUUUUGCUUUGCCUCCUAAGUGGGAUUACAUGUGUGGACCACCAUGCCCAGCUUUUUAAAUCUAUAUUCGCCUUACUAUAAUAUCAUUAGCUGUAAGCUAUGAAAGAAUAAGGCACAUUUUCCUUUCAGAUAUGAAAACCAAUGAUGUAACAGUAUUUACCUUCUGUAAAAAUAAAUAAUGUACUAAAUAUUGUCAUUGGUUAGUAAAACUUUUAGGAAUUUAUUUUAAUGUUGCGUAUGAUGCAGGAUACGGCAGGACUGUGUACUGUAGAAAUGAGCCCACGCUGCAUUU